AUGCUCUGGUUGGGUUUACAUUGUCGCCAUUUGGGAUCAGUUUUCAGAUGCACCCGCGUUUUAUCUGCGAAGAAGCACACUCUUCCGGAUCUUCCUUAUGAUUUUGGGGCGCUUGAGCCUGUUAUUUCUGCCGAAAUCAUGAAGUGCCAUUAUCAAAAGCACCACGCAGCUUAUGUAAAUAACCUGAAUAUCGUUGAAGAAAAGAUGACGGAAGCCUUGCACAAAGGCGAUGCUUCGACAAUAAUAUCACUGCAGCCCGCAUUUAAAUUCAACGGCGGCGGUCACAUCAAUCACAGUAUCUUUUGGUGCAACCUGUGUCCUACUGGAGGCGGUGAGCCUAGCGGACCUCUGGCUGAUGCCAUUAAACGCGACUUUGGUUCUUUUGAAGCGUUUAAGGAAAAGAUGACCAACGCCACCGUAUCCGUUUUUGGGUCAGGUUGGGGAUGGCUUGGGCUCGAGCCGAGCUCUGGUAGACUGCGUAUUGCAACGUGUGCCAAUCAGGACCCUCUUGAGGGAACAACAGGUCUUAAGCCUCUGCUGGGUAUUGAUGUUUGGGAGCAUGCUUACUACCUACAGUACAAGAAUCAACGACCUGAUUAUGUCAAGGCUAUUUGGAAAAUCAUUAACUGGAAGGAUGUGGCCGAACGCUUCGCCAGGGCCCAGUAG